UUCCUUGUCUUCAAAAGAUCACUUAAAAAGAGAGAAAGAAAGGAAAAAAUCCUUAUAAAGAGUCAGGGCGAGCGAGCGGCUCCCUCCCCGUUGAGGAGGGGAAAUAGAACCGUCCUUAAGAUGGCGGCCACCAUGAAGAAAGUGGCAGCGGAAGAUGUCAACGUUACAUUUGAAGAUCAACAGAAAAUCAACAAGUUUGCAAGAAACACCAGCAGAAUUACAGAACUGAAAGAAGAAAUCGAGGAUAAAAAGAAACAGCUUCAGAACCUGGAAGAUGCCUGUGAUGAUAUCAUGAUGCUAGAUGAUGAUUCAUUGCUGAUACCCUAUCAAAUUGGAGACGUCUUCAUUAGCCACCCCCAAGAUGAAACACAAGAAAUGUUGGAGGAAGCAAAGAAAAACUUGCAGGAAGAGAUUGGAGCUUUGGAGUCACGAGUAGGAUCUAUCCAGAGAGUAUUAUCAGAUCUCAAAGUCCAACUCUAUGCCAAGUUUGGCAACAAUAUAAAUCUUGAGGCGGAAGAUAAUUAAAUACGCUAGAAAACGUAUCUGGUUUCAUUUCUUUUGUACUAAUUGUUCCCCUGUUACAACAGUGUCUUAAAAGGCUAUGAGAUUUUUUUUAAAAAAAGAAAAUAAUGUGGUUGUCUGUUCAGUGUAUUUAAUGAACGGAUCUUAUUUUGCAUACCUGUAAUUAUUUAUGUUGAGAAAAUAAAUCCAAAUACCCCUGGUACAUCAA